AUGGAUGGGAUUGAACUGUUAAUGGUGGGCCACGCAAAAACUAUAAAAUCUUUUUCAGCUAGACGGCAAGCAAUAGCUAAAAACAAAAUAGCUAAAUUGAUCGAGGAACUAGAGUUGGAACAAAUCGAUGAAGACACAGCAACAUCAUCUUCGUCUCAGUCGUCUCACUAUAGCAUGCCAUCAGUGACUCCAACGAGUCCGAAGCCGUCGAUUAUGAGCAAUUAUAAUAGUGCUGACAAUUUAGAUGCAAUGUACUAUCAGUUGUAG